CAGAGAGGGAUGGAGGACUGAGUGGAGGCCAGUGGAGGGAUUGGCAGAGAUGGAUGGAGGACUGAGUGGAGGCCAGUGGAGGGAUUGGCAGAGAUGGAUGGAGGAGGCCGUGAGGGAUGGAGAGGGGUGGAGGACACUGAGUGGAGGGAGUGGCAGGGAUUGGCAGAGGGGAUGGAGGACACUGAGUGGAGGCCAGUGGAGGGAUUGGCAGAGAGGAAUGGAGGACACUGAGUGGAGGCCAGUGGAAGGAUUGGCAGAGAAGGAUGGAGGACACUGAGUGGAGGUCAGUGGAGGUCAGUGGAAGGAUUGGCAGAGAGGGAUGGCAGAUAUGGAACGGUUAACUGAAGAGGGGAUAGUCUGCGAUGAGGUCGGCCAAUGAGGAGGGA